GCCGUGAAACACGCGUGUAGGACACGGGCGUGACGAGCGUGUCGACGUGUCGCCAAGUGUCAGACAACCACCUGACAAACUGAUCAAAUAUUACCAACCGAAAUAUUUUAUAAAAAUUAUGUACGAUGUGAGUUAGUGUGAUGUGUUGCACGGGAGAACAUGAUGCUGCAAAAUAAGUUCCCUAGGGAUGGAGAGGGAUACGACAGGUACAGAGAGUCCCACAGGAACCUACGCGUCCCGUACCCUUCCAGGAUCAAUUAUUCUCAGUACGCUGCGAAAUAUGGCGCGGUACGUCAGUCCAGUGUAAGUCCCACAGGAGAAGGAGAGUCCAGCAGCGAGUACGGCCACAGUCCAGGACCUGCCUCGCGUCCCUGGGACUCCAGGAUCCCUAACUCAAGGGGAAGUGCAAGUAUGGAGGAGGACGACGAUGAGGAGGAGGAUGCUUCAAGCGCCACGUCAGAGGAGCAACACAUCCCUCACGUUUUGGCACCUCACCUUGCCUCCCACCAUCAUCAGAAUGGCGAAGGCCUACCACAUGGCCCGGAUCAGCGGCGAUGUCUGCUGUGGGCCUGCAAGGCGUGUAAGAGGAAGACUGUGACAGUUGACAGGAGAAAAGCGGCGACCCUGAGAGAGAGGAGACGGCUGAGGAAGGUGAACGAGGCGUUCGAGGUGUUGAAGAGACGCACAAGCUCAAACCCGAGCCAAAGACUGCCCAAGGUAGAAAUCCUCAGGAACGCCAUCGACUACAUUGAGAGUCUUGAGGACAUCCUGCAUGCAGACUCUGGGGCCCGGGGGCUCCACCCCGCUGGCCAGAGCAAUCCGAAAACACAGCCAGACCAGUAUAUUGGGUCUGGGACUACAGUGCAGUACCUAGCAGAGAGGUUGCACACCUUUACCAACUCUAUGAACAGGUUUUCUUCUAAUGGAGCUUUCUCAACGGAAAGCAACUCACACCUCGCUACUUCAGCAAGUGAAACUCCCAGCUCCACGUCUAGUCUUGACUGCCUCAGCCUCAUCGUGGAGAGUAUCAGCAAGACGGUGACGUCAGCACAUCAGCAAGUGACGUCAGCUUCGGCAGCAAACUCAGCUGAUGUGGCGUAGCAGUGAAUUUUAAAUCUUUGGACAAAAUCUUAUGAGAAAUUCGUUUUUUACAGUGGUAGCAAAACGGGAGUGCCGAUGGAGACCAGGUCAAGUCCCUUCAAACGCACGCACCCCCACAGGUCUCCAUCGGCACUCCCGUUUUGCUACCACUGUAGUUUGAUAAAAAUAUGGAAUGUACGUUGUGUAAAUGAUUAUCGCGAAUAUUUUUAAUCAGUGGACGUUUCGGGAUGUGGAAUAAUUUACACCGUUUUCAGGUAGAAACGUCGAUAAGAAGAAUUAUGCUCAAACUGGUAUCCGUCAGAUAGUUUACAUAAGAGUUUUAGAGCAGUUGAAAAUAGUAAAUAUCUUAUUUAAAAAAAAAUUGCAAACGAUCGCCAUUGGGGCUUCAGUAGGCUACUCGGACUGGGUGGUUGUUAUCGUAUCGUUAAUGGACGUUUCUAUGGACGUCUUUGUUUCUUAUUUUUAGUCUUGUAACAUAUAACCAGCUCUAAAAAUGUAUUUUUUUAAUGUAGUAUCUUGUCUCGGCACCCGUUUGUCUGGUUUAUUUACUAAUUUCUUUACUUUUACUUUCCCUCAUACACGAAGGCCUGAUUCCGUAUGUCAAAACGUAUUGAAAUUUUUGAAAUCUGUGAUAACAAUAAUAUUGUCCUCGAUAAUUCUUUUGAAAAUCUGUUUCAGCAGAUAUUAUGUAUACGUUACGUAAAUACGCAACUGGACGAACAAAAACCCGAACUAUGAAUUCAUUCGUUUUCAAUUACUUUUCGUAGUUGGUUAUUUCUAAACCAAUAUUAGGAAGUAGUGAAACAUUUUUUAUCAUCAAACUUAAGCUAGUCAUUUUAAAAGAUGUUUGAACAAACAAAUUAAAUAAGCAAUUUGAAUGAGUUCUGUUUUUCUUUUAGAUUUUUGCCCAUUAUUUUGCUGUAGCUGGUUAAAAUAUGUGCUAUUGUAAAUAUUAUUGUACAUAGUUUUACUCCUGUUAUUUUGAUUGAUGUCUUAUCUCGUGUAUAUUUCCCAGUAAAUAGCCUGAAUUAGUUACAACUGUUAGAAAAAGAUAGUAAUUGUAGGUGGCAAUGUACAUAUUAUUCAAAUUCCUUAAAAUAUUUAAAAUUCGUAAGAUUGUUUUUUUCAUGAAAAAAGGUAUAUAAACAAUUCAAUUUCACUUAGGCCUACUUGAUUGACCCCCCCCCCCCCCUCCUGGUAAUUCAAAACUAAUUUACUAAGCGAAACCUCAUCCAGGAACAACCUUAUCCAAUGGGUUUUCAGAAUAAAACUAGUUUAAUUUAAAGGUACAUUAUAAGGUGAUAAUGUUUAAUUAAUUUGAACCAGUGGCUUAUUGAUGUUAGUAGAGUAUUUUCAUGCAUUUAAAUAUUGCAAUUUCAAUUACAGUAUUUUAACACUAUCACUGUUAACGGAAUAUAUUUUGAACAUCUUAAUAUUAUGGCUCAAAUGAUAAUGAUAAUGAUGGUAUGGUGAUAGAAACGUCUUUAAAAAGUCUUUACAGUUGAAAUUUUCAAGGACAGUAUUAUUCUGAUGUCGUACCUUUUCAAAGGUUUGAAUUCAGUGUGCCAAUUUUCUAAUUUUGAUUACGCCAUUUUGUAUAAUAGAACAGAGCCUAUCUGAGUUAUAUUAGAAUAUAAGCUUUGUAAACAUA